GGCUCCUUUGCUUCGACCACUUCACGAUGCUCGCACAACCACAUACGAAAGGAAGCGUGGCACGGAUUAAUUGUACGAAUAUAAUACCCUUCUAUUCAUUCGUUGGGGCGUUCCAGUCAGUCGGACAAGGAUGGCAUGGAGCAUAUGGUAUUUGAUCCCUCUUCAACUCGCCCUGGAUCAGCCUUGUACUACGCCGUCGUCUGCCGCGAUGAGUCUUAGCAUCGACAUCAACGUGGCUAUGGCCAGAGCUUGGCGCAGGAGUGCCAAAGCGACCAAACUCGGACAAUCUUUACACGUGGUCCGUCCCUCUCGCUUAAGCUGUCAUGGCCUGACCAUCCAGGUAGUACGGUGGUCUGCUGGGCUGCUGGGCUGCCGAGAAUGCUCAAUAUUGUUUGCAAUAUUGAUGCUGACAAGGCGUGACUGAGUCGGGCAAUGUCAUCCAAGCUUCCCUGGCUGGAGGAGCCCCCCUGGGUGUACUGGUAGUUGCCACGUUCGUCCAGAGGUAAAGAGGGAUGCGUUCCCCUCUUAGAUCCCUGAUUGCCAAAACAUGGUCCGAA